AAGUCACAGUCACACAUUCUUUCUUCUCUCUCUUAAACUUUCUCAUCUCAUGGCGGUUGAUUCAGUACUAUCGUCUCCGUUGGGACUGGCAGCAUGCGAAAAGGAUGCAAAAGCUCUUCAGCUGAUUGAAGACUUGACAAAGAAUGCAGACUCCGUUCAGGAGAAAGUAUUGGCUGAGAUUCUAACAAGGAAUGCACACACCGAGUACCUUCGCCGAUUCAAACUCGGUGAAGCAACCGAUCGUAAAACCUUUAAAUCGAAUCUUCCAGUAAUCACCUAUGAGGAUCUUCAGCCCGAGAUUCAACGUAUCGCUAAUGGAGAUACGUCUGCAAUCUUAUCUUCUCAUCCGAUCUCUGAAUUCCUAACUAGCUCUGGAACAUCUGCUGGAGAAAGGAAACUGAUGCCUACAAUUAAAGAUGAACUUGAUCGUCGCCAAUUACUCUACAGUCUUCUCAUGCCUGUCAUGAAUCUUUAUGUAUCAGGAUUGGACAAAGGAAAAGGGCUUUAUUUCUUGUUCGUUAAGUCAGAAACCAAAACACCGGGUGGGUUAUUAGCUCGACCCGUUCUCACCAGCUACUACAAAAGUGACCAUUUCAAAACCCGACCCUACGACCCAUACAACGUUUACACCAGCCCAAACGAAGCCAUCCUCUGCCCCGACUCAUUCCAAAGCAUGUACUCUCAAAUGCUCUGCGGUCUCCUAGACCGUAUUCAAGUCCUCCGGGUCGGGGCUGUUUUCGCCUCGGGUCUCCUUCGUGCCAUCCGUUUCCUCCAGCUCAACUGGAUCAACCUGGCAAACGAUAUCCGAACCGGAACACUAAACCCACAAAUAACUGACCCGUCUGUCCGCGAUAAAAUCAGCGAGUUACUCCGACCCGACCCGGUAUUGGCUGAAUUCAUUGUUUCCGAAUGCUCAACGGAUAAUUGGGAGGGGAUAAUCACACGAAUUUGGCCCAACACGAAAUAUCUAGACGUGAUUGUAACCGGGGCAAUGGCACAAUACAUCCCGACCCUGGAAUACUAUAGCGGAAGCUUGCCGAUGGCUUGUACAAUGUAUGCUUCCUCCGAAUGUUACUUCGGGUUAAACCUAAACCCGAUGUGUAAACCAUCUGAGGUUUCCUAUACCAUAAUGCCCAACAUGGCUUACUUCGAGUUCCUCCCACACGACCCGAACUCGAUUAACGGGUCGAAUGAAAACCCGCUUGUUGACCUAGUCAACGUGGAGAUUGGUAAAGAGUACGAGCUGGUGAUCACAACUUACGCCGGGCUAUGUCGAUACAAAGUCGGCGACAUUCUUCGUGUUACGGGUUUCCAUAACUCGGCCCCGCAAUUCAAUUUUGUAAGGAGAAAGAACGUUUUACUAAGCAUUGACUCGGAUAAGACAGACGAGGCUGAGUUACAGAAGGCGGUUGAUAACGCGUCGGAGAUAUUGCUACGCGAGUUGAACACGAGUGUGGUCGAGUACACUAGCUAUGCCGACACGAAAACGAUCCCGGGUCAUUAUGUGAUUUAUUGGGAGCUUUUGGCGAAGGAAUCGGGUAAUUAUUAUAUGCCCGAAGAUUAUGAUGAGGUGUUGAGGAAGUGUUGUUUGGCUAUGGAGGAAUCGAUGAAUUCGGUUUAUAGACAGGGUCGGGUUUCGGAUGGGUCGAUUGGGGCGUUGGAGAUUCGGGUUGUGAAAGUGGGUACUUUUGAGGAGUUGAUGGAUUAUGCUAUUUCAAGAGGCGCGUCGAUUAAUCAGUAUAAGGUGCCUAGGUGCGUGAGUUUCACGCCGAUUAUGGAGUUGCUUGAUUCGAGAGUUGUUUCGGCGCAUUUUAGUCCGGCUCUGCCACAUUGGACUCCUGAGCGCCGUAAGUAGUGAGUAUAUAUUAUUUUAUUUUCUCACCGACCGACCAUAGAGAGAAAGGUCAACUGGUUAAGGAAAAUGAAAAAAAAAAGUGUUUUUAUUUUCUAAUAUUUUAGAUUGAGAGAGGGUUUAGAUCUGAAUGAUGACUGUAAUUAAUGAAGAAGAAGAAGAUUAGGAAGCCACGUGGAGGAGGGAAGGAGGAAG